CCCUUUCACUUUCUAUUUCUUUGUCACGUACGAGGAAAUCACCCUUGGUGUCAAUCGCCUUCGUCAUUUUUAGAAAACUCGACACCUACUCUGCAUAAACAUAUAUAAAUUUAAAAUAUAGUUUAUCUAUUUACGUAGAUAAUGGCACUUCUUCAAGUGAGCGACUUUCAGUCUUUUUCUGAAGUCCGCGGACAGAUUCUUCCAGUGAAACGGAGGCACCUCGUCGACCGAACCAACCACUACAAUUUUGGGAGCAAAACUCAAGAAUUUGCGGUUCCGCCUGGUGUAGAGCCGUCAGGGUUUCUGAAGUCCUGUAACCGUGAUGGAGGUGUGUGUAUUGAAAUGAACCACGGGACCACCACUCUGGCCUUCAAGUUCAGGCAUGGAGUCAUCGUGGCUGUGGACUCCAGAGCUUCAGCCGGGCGUUACUUGGCAUCCAACGAUGUGAACAAGGUGAUAGAGAUCAACCCGUACCUGCUGGGCACCAUGUCAGGCAGUGCUGCAGACUGUCAGUACUGGGAAAGACUUCUAGCCAAAGAGUGCAGACUUUACAGGCUGAGGAACAACCACCGUAUCUCUGUGGCUGCUGCCUCUAAGCUGUUAUCCAACAUGAUGCUGGGCUACAGAGGAAUGGGCCUCUCCAUGGGGAGCAUGAUCUGUGGAUGGGACAAAGAGGGUCCUGGUCUGUACUAUGUAGAUGAUAAUGGGACGCGUCUGUCUGGCCGCAUGUUUUCCACCGGCUGUGGGAACAGCUACGCCUACGGUGUGGUGGACAGCGGUUACAGGGAAGACAUGACAGUAGAGGAGGCGUAUGAGCUCGGCCGUCGGGGCAUCGCUCACGCUACACACAGAGACGCCUACUCUGGUGGAGUGGUAAACAGUAAGUAUGCACAGGGAAACUUCCUGAAACUUAUUUAA